AGAGGAGUGCAUCCCGUCGGCGCACGGGGCUAGAGCUCUCGGAGAAGUGGGAUCGCGUGGCCGGUGAGCGGCGGUCUGCGCGGUCAGAGGGAGCGCCGGGCGGCAGCGGCGGCGGCAGAAGCAGCAGCGGCCCCCGGCGUGUCCACCGGCUCCGCGCCGCCAGCCGCUACGGCUGCAGCCUCCGAAGGGAGGCCGGGGGAGCCAGCGUGCGCACUUUCCCGCGGACUUUCGGAGUGUUUGUGGAUUUACAUGCCAAGCCAUCAAGAUGAUGUCCAUGAACAGCAAGCAGCCUCACUUUGCCAUGCAUCCUACCCUCCCUGAGCACAAGUACCCGUCGCUGCACUCCAGCUCCGAGGCCAUCCGGCGGGCCUGCCUGCCCACGCCGCCGCUGCAGAGCAACCUCUUCGCCAGCCUAGACGAAACGCUGCUGGCGCGGGCAGAGGCGCUAGCGGCCGUGGAUAUCGCCGUGUCCCAAGGCAAGAGCCACCCGUUCAAGCCGGACGCCACGUACCACACGAUGAACAGCGUGCCAUGCACGUCCACGUCCACCGUGCCGCUGGCGCACCACCACCACCACCACCAUCACCACCAGGCGCUCGAGCCUGGUGACCUGCUGGACCACAUCUCGUCGCCCUCGCUCGCGCUCAUGGCCGGAGCGGGCGGCGCGGGCGCGGCGGGCGGCGGCGGCAGCGCCCACGACGGCCCGGGGGGCGGCGGCGGCCCGGGGGGCGGCGGCGGCCCAGGCGGCGGCGGCCCCGGGGGCGGUGGCGGCGGCGGCGGCCCUGGGGGAGGUGGUGGGGGUCCGGGCGGCGGGCUGCUGGGCGGCUCGGCGCAUCCGCACCCGCACAUGCACGGCCUGGGCCACCUGUCGCACCCGGCGGCGGCGGCCGCCAUGAACAUGCCGUCGGGGCUGCCGCACCCCGGGCUGGUGGCGGCGGCGGCGCACCACGGCGCGGCGGCGGCGGCGGCGGCAGCGGCGGCGGGGCAGGUGGCGGCGGCGUCGGCAGCGGCGGCCGUGGUGGGCGCGGCGGGCCUGGCGUCCAUCUGCGACUCGGACACGGACCCGCGCGAGCUCGAGGCGUUCGCCGAGCGCUUCAAGCAGCGGCGCAUCAAGCUGGGCGUGACGCAGGCCGACGUGGGCUCGGCGCUGGCCAACCUCAAGAUCCCGGGCGUGGGCUCGCUCAGCCAGAGCACCAUCUGCAGGUUCGAGUCGCUCACGCUCUCACACAACAACAUGAUCGCGCUCAAGCCCAUCCUGCAGGCGUGGCUGGAGGAGGCCGAGGGCGCGCAGCGCGAGAAAAUGAACAAGCCCGAGCUCUUCAACGGCGGCGAGAAGAAGCGCAAGCGGACUUCCAUCGCCGCGCCCGAGAAGCGCUCCCUCGAGGCCUACUUCGCGGUACAGCCCCGGCCCUCGUCCGAGAAGAUCGCCGCCAUCGCCGAGAAACUGGACCUCAAAAAGAACGUGGUGCGGGUGUGGUUUUGCAACCAGAGACAGAAGCAGAAGCGGAUGAAAUUCUCCGCCACUUACUGAGGGGGAUGGGAGGUACCGGGCGGGGCGGAACGGGGAGGUGGAGGGGCAUUUCGGGGGGCUUUCCUCGGGCCUGCUUCUCCUCCUCCAAUUUAGAGUGUCCGUUGUUAUCCUGCUUGCAUUUGGGGAGUCCCUUCUUGAGUGUUCUCCACCUCCUCUCUGCUCACCCUGCCCUUAUCCUCCCCCAGCCUGGAGGACUGGGGUGCAUGGUGUGGACACAGGAGAGAAGGGUGGGGGGAGAAGAGGAGCAUUUGGGAGAGCGGGGA